AUCAGUAAGCAACAGUAUGCAAAGUGCAACACAAGCACACUGGCUGGGGCUCAAAUCCAGGAAGUAAACACUCUGCUCUAAUCCGUCUGUUUCACGCACACUGAGACCCGGCACAUUAAGAACACAAAGCAGGACGCGAAAAGACGAACAUCAUGAAGAUUGCAUCCUUUAAUGUCAGGCGUCUUGGCUUGAGUAAGCUGUCAGAUGAGAAUAUCUUAAAAUACCUCAUUAAGAUUGUGUCUCGCUAUAGCAUCAUUGUGAUCCUUGAAGUAGUGGACAAGACAGGAAAGGCCAUGGCUAAAUUCCUGCGCAAGCUGAACAGCACAGGCAUUAACAAGAAGCAUCCUUACAGUAUGGAACUGAGUUCCAGCCUGGGCCGCUCACUUUACAAGGAACAGUUUGCGUGUCUCUAUAGACCAGACCAAGUCCAGCUGACUGACACAUACCAAUAUGAGGACAACCAGGAAGGAGACGAGGACGCCUUCUCACGAGAGCCCUUCAUUCUGCGUUUCCAUUUACCUGACAGAAUGAUAAAUGACCUGGUACUGAUCCCAGUCCACACAAAGCCCACAGACUCAGAGAAAGAAAUAGACGAGCUGUAUGAUGUGUGCAUGGCUGUCAGGAAGAAAUGGGAGACUGAUAAUAUAAUGAUCCUGGGCGACUUUAAUGCUGAUGGUGCGUACGUCUCCAAGAAGAAGAUGAAGAACAUCAGGAUCCGUACUGACAGUGACUUUCACUGGCUGAUAGGGGACGAUGUGGACACCACAGCCAGCCUGUCCAAUGACUAUUCUUACGACAGGAUUGUGGUGUACAAGGACGAGACGUUGAAGGCAGUAGUGCCGCAUUCAUCGAAACCCUUUAACUUCCAAAAGGCCUUUAAGCUGUCAGAGGAAAAGGCUCUGGAGAUUAGUGAUCAUUACCCAGUGGAGGUGAGCCUGAAGAAGAAAACUGUAAAGAAACCCAGGGGCCAUUCAAAGGAAGUGAAACGUAAAGCAAGCUAAUUUGAAGUAACAUAUGAAGACUUAUUCACAAACGCACAAGUGAAGAAACCAUUAUUCAUUUUUCCACAGUAACAGGGACUCUCAAGAAUGAAAUAUUUUGAAUAAUGUCAUGUAUGGUGUAUGCUGCAUUUAGUAUAUGGGACAGAAUACAGACAAACAAUGAGAUUCAGAGGCAGCUUUUUGUGCACAACAGAUAAAGACACAUUUCCUUAUUCAAUUAAUGAUUAACUCUUAGGAUGUUACUGUAUAUAUUUUUAUUACUGCGUGUUGAAACAAUGUCUAUUAUUCUAUUGUUGCUUGUGCUGGGUAAGUGUGAUUAUGUGCAUAAGAAUUUUAAACAGUUUGUUUGACAGACAUGACAAAUAAAACUGAAUUUGAAAUUGAAA